AUGUUCCACUCACUGGGCAGCCACGCCAAAGAGCUCAAACAGCAAGGCGCAGUGGAGGCUGCCCAGGAUCAUAAUACAGAGGCGACAGCACAGGAUGCGGAGAAGGUUUUGAUUGAGGAGAGCAUAAAAGGCGGUGCAGCUGCAUUUCAGUUCGACCCUAAUGCUACUCCACAAGAGAAGGCCGCUCAAGCCGGAGCUCAAGUCCCUGCCGGGUUUCAUCGCAAGAAAAAGUCCGGGGUUGGCAUUGCAACCGACAUUGACGAUGGUACACCCGGCAAAUACGACCUUCCACCACCAAGCACAGACGGUGCCUUGCCCGCUACUUCUACACCGGAGGGCAAAAAGUCAAUGCAAGCAAAUGGAGCCCCACUAGAGGACGAGUACGCCCGUGACCGAGUAGGAUGGGCCCCUCGAUUUGGUACUGGUGACGCUGCUGAUGACGAAGGUGAAACACUAUUGGAUCAUCAAACCUUUCUCGAAGGCAAGCUGGACGAUAAAUUUUUUGGAGACUGGUACCACAACACCGGCGUGAUCAUCUUCGCUUGCCUAUCCUCCUGGGUGAUUGCUCUUCUUGGAGGGGGCCUCGGAUGGUUGUUUCUAGUAAUGGCUACGUGCGGAACCUAUUAUCGAACCUCUAUCCGAAGAGUGAGAAGGAAUUUUCGAGACGAUCUCAAUCGAGAACUCGCCAAAGCCAAGUUAGAGACAGAUACCGAAAGUCUCGAGUGGAUCAACAGCUUUUUGGUGAAAUUCUGGCCGAUUUACGCUCCAGAACUUUGUAGGACAAUCAUCGCUUCUGUUGAUCAGGUUUUGAGCACUUCGACUCCGGCCUUUCUCGACAGUCUUCGUAUGAGGACAUUCACGCUGGGGACUAAGCCACCGCGGAUGGAACAUGUCAAAACGUACCCAAAAGCUGAAGACGAUAUUGUGCUGAUGGACUGGAAAUUCAGCUUCACACCCACGGACACUAUGGACCUCACUGCGCGCCAGCUGAAGAACAAGAUCAAUCCAAAAGUCGUGCUCGAGAUACGGAUCGGCAAAGCUAUGAUAAGCAAAGGCUUGGAUGUGAUUGUCGAAGAUUUCGCUUUCUCUGGUCUCAUGAGAGUCAAAGUCAAGUUGCAGCUUCCAUUCCCACACAUUGAGAAAGUUGACAUCUGCUUCCUUGGGCAGCCCGAGAUCGACUACGUUUGCAAGCCUCUCGGAGGGGACACACUUGGCUUUGACAUAAAUUUCAUACCUGGAUUGGAGACCUUCAUCAAAGAACAAAUUCAUGGCAACUUGCAGCCUAUGAUGUACGACCCAAACGUCUUCCCGAUUGAGAUUGCUAAAAUACUCGCUGGAAAUCCCGUCGAUCUUGCCAUUGGAGUGGUUGCUGUCACCAUUCACGGUGCACAUGGGCUGAAGAACCCUGACAAAUUCUCAGGUACUCCGGAUCCGUAUACAGCUGUCUCCCUCAACAGCCGUGAAUCAUUAGGGCAGACCAAGACCAUAAAGGAGAAUGCUAACCCACGAUGGAACGAAACCUUGUACAUUAUCAUCACAUCCUUCACGGAUACCUUGACAAUGCAGGUUUAUGACUGGAACGAGUUCCGCAAGGACAAAGAAUUGGGAACAGCCACUUUCGCUCUUGAUCAACUUGAGCAGGAUACUGAGCAUGAAAAUCUGCAGCUUGAAGUUAUGGCGAACGGCAAGCCCCGUGGUCAGCUCCAGGCUGACGUGAGAUUUUUCCCUGUCUUGGAAGGCAGAAAGCUAGAAGAUGGUACGCUUGAGCCUCCACCCGAGUCCAAUACUGGCAUAGCAAGAAUUACGGUAGAGCAAGCCAAGGAGCUCGAUGGAUCGAUAAGCCUGGUUGGAGCUCUCAAUCCUUACGCUGUACUGCUUCUCAACAACAAGGAGAUCCAUAUCACGAAGAAGCUCAAGCGGACGAACAACCCCGUUUUUCCGGAUCCCACAAAAUCAGUUCUGAUAACAGACCGCAAAAAGGCUCGUCUUGGAUUAGUGAUCAAGGACGAUCGAGAUCUAGCAUCAGAUGCGGUUUUGGGCUCCUAUCAAAUCAAAAUGGACGACAUGAUCCAGCUGAUGGACAAAGGCCAGGAAUGGUUCAAUCUGCAUGGGACUAAGACGGGUAGAGUCAAACUGAUGCUGGACUGGAAACCGGUUGGAAUCAAAGGGAUCACUGGCUCUGGCGGUUACGUCACGCCGAUUGGAGUUAUGCGCAUCCAUUUCAAGAACGCCAGAGAUGUCCGCAAUUUUGAAACCAUUGGCAAAUCUGACACCUAUGCACGUGUCCUGCUUUCUGGCAUUGAGAAGGGUCGCACCGUGACAUUCAAAAACAACCUUAACCCUGACUGGGAUGAAGUCAUCUAUGUUCCUAUGCACUCAACCAAAGAGCGCCUCACUCUCGAAGUGCUGGAUCAGGAGAAACUAGGCAAGGACCGCACGCUGGGUUCCGUCGAGGUUCCCGCUUCCGAUUAUAUUCGGGAGAGCGAAACAGGUGCCUAUGAAGUGCACGAUAGGAAAACACCAAUGUCAGAAGGUCUGCGAAUCAAUGGCCGAGGACAGGCGAAAGGUAAGCUCAAUUACACAAUGGCUUUCUACCCAACCUUGAACGUGGUUGAUCCCGAGGAAGAAGAGGAAGAACUUCAAGAAGAAGCCGAAGUUGUUGGAAAACCUUCCAUGGAAAGCAAGGGGGCGAAGGAUGGCAAAGUAUCUCUAGACGCUACCCGUUCAAGCGUGGAAGGAUCACAGCAGAGCGCCGAAGUGUCCUACCCCCCUAGAGUUGAUUCCAUGGACCGCGGUACUAUUGACACUGCUCUAGCAAACGGAGUGACAAAUGGUGAAAAGGAGACUAGCAAAGCUACCCCAGCGGAGCUCUUGGUGGCGAAACCACGGGAACCAAAGAUACGUCUUGGACCAGAAGACUUGACGAAAUAUGAAUGUGGUCUCCUUGUGUUCAAGAUCGUUCAAGGCACGUUUGCCCAUUCGGAUGUCCAACUGGAAGUACUCAUGGAUGACAUGGUCUUUCCGUCCUAUACCACAUCGAAAGCUCGCCAAAGGAGCCACAAAUUUGGCGAGACCGGAGAUGCCUUCGUGCGCGAGCUUGAAGUGUCGCAGAUCACGUUAAGGUUGACUGAGAAGACAGACAACAAGGGAGAGGGUGACCAAGACCACGUAAUCGCGAGACUAAAAGGUUCAACCUUGACUACGCUCCAGCAGUGCCUGUAUAAACCGACAGAGCUGACCAUGAAGGGUGCGGACGGCGCUUUGAGCAAGGUCACAGUCAGUCUCAAGUACCUGCCGGUCAAGAUGCAACUAGACCCAAGUGAGAGCAUAAACAACAUGGGUACUCUUCGAGUCGACGUAUUGGAUGCGGCUGAUCUGCCAUCUGCGGAUCGAAACGGCUACAGUGAUCCAUACUGCAAAUUCCGCCUCAAUGGGAAGGAGGUAUUCAAAACGAAGGUCCAGAAAAAGACCUUACAUCCUGCGUGGAAUGAAUUCUUCGAGGUGCAAGUCAAUUCCAGGACUGCAGCGGAAUUCAAGUGCGACGUGUACGAUUGGGACUUUGGAGACAAAGCAGACCAGCUUGGCACAACUGCUAUCGACCUACAGAGUCUUGAACCAUUUCAAACAACAGAAAUGUGUUAUGCUCUCGAUGGCAAAUCAGGGACCCUCAGACUGAAGCUGCUAUUCAAACCAGACUAUGUUCAACGAUCCCGCCAAGGCUCUUCCACCUUCUCGGGCACAUUUGCUCCGGCAGGGAAAGUCGUAGGAGCACCAAUCAAGGGUGUCGGCAAGGGCGCCUCAUUUCUCAAACGCGGAUUCACCAGCAAGUCCAAAGGCGGUCAAGAUGAGGCUAUCAUGGAUGCCAAUGGCUCAGUUGUGACUAGCAUCAAUGGUGAUGUGGUGUCGGAUUCAAGCACGCCCCAAGGCACUCCAUCCCGCCCCAAUACAGUAGUCGACGGCCAACCAACAACACCAACUUCGGCCCAGAAAGACGCCCCACACAACCGGACAAGAAGCUUUGGCUCUACUUUCAGUGUGUCCGGCGGAACUUCAAAGGGAGCCAGUACUGGGACCGCAUCGUUGACAAUAAUCGCUGCAAAUGACUACCCACCGUCAGCUGAUGUUCGUGUUUAUGUGAAAACGGUCGGCCCCAAAGGGGGUAAGGAAGUUCACAAGACGAAAUCAGUCAAGUCACCCACCGGCAAAGUUGAGUACUCUGCCGAACACGAAACCUUCAACGUUGCGUGUUCUGCGGAUACUCAAUUCCAAGUGGUGGUGAAGGAUCAUGGCUUGUUUGGUGGGGAAAUUCUGGGAGAUGGCUUGUUCUUCCUGGCAGACCAGGGCUCAGGAGCGAUCCAGUCGGUCAAAGCUGGUCCGGGUGUUGUCGUUCUGCAAAGCCAGUUCACACCGUCAGGCGGCAGCUCGGCUGACAGUCUAAGACCAGUGACCUCCAACGGGAGAGACAGUCCAGACAGCAAAAGGGGUAUACGACGGUCGCUGUUGAGCAAGAGAGAUUUUAGUGGAAAGCAAGCAACUUCUUGA